UCUUAAAAGUUCUGUCAACAAAACCAAACCUAGGUUGAAAUCUCAGAUUGGGAACUAACAGAGUUUAACUAACCUUUUCUUCUUCAGUUGAAGUGAAACCUAAGUAGAGAACCCAAACAAUGUUGUUAUCAUCAUCAAUAAUAAUCGAAUACAAAAACCUGGCAUUUCAAAUCGGAUUAUCAAUCCUCCUAACUCUAAUCCUCACAUUUCUUCAACUCCCAAUCCGAUUUCUCGAAGGUCUUAAUACUUACAUUCAUCCAGAAAACGUCGCAAGUGAUAAUACUAAAUCUGGGUUUCGUCCAGCAAUCCGUAGACCAAGUGAUAGCACCACUUCUGUAGAAGGAUAUCAGAAUUUAGAUUCAAGUAGUAGUAAUGAACAAAUCAAGAAAAGGGUUCAUCCUAAGAAAGGUAAAUUUGAGUUUGAUGAAACUAAUGCUCAGAUAUUUAGAUUACAUUUAGUUGAUAGUCAUAUUAGAUCAAGACUUUAUUUCUCUGAUUAUCAGAAUGUUUUUGUUUAUUCUUUCAUUUCAAUUUCAUCACUUAUGCUGCACAAAUGGGGGUUGAAUAUAUCUGACAAAUCUGGAGUUUUUGUUAAUGGAUCUGUGGUUCCGAUUUUGUUAGGGUUUUUCUCGAUUUUGAAAGUAGUUGUUGUAAUUGGUAAGCUUUCGUUUGAGAGAUCUGCAAGUAAGAGAUCUGAGAAGCAAUUGAGUUUGAUUGUUGGUGGGUUAGGGUUUGUAUUGGGGUUUUCAAUUUUGCUUAUGGUUGUUCCUUCAGUGUUUGAUUUUGAAUUUGAGGGGAUUGAUGGGUCUGGGAAGGUUGUUGUAGCUAUUUUAGCUGGUUGUCUUUGUGGGAUUUUGUUUAUGCCUGCAAUGAAGAUUGCCCGAUCGUUUUGGCUUGGAACGGAUCAACUUCGAUGGAAUUUAUCGAUCAUUUCUUGUGGAUGGUUUGCCAGGUUUCUUCUUUAUGUGAAUUUUAUCAUUGGAAUGUUCACAUGUUUAUUGUGGAUUAAACCUGUGGCAGCAAUGUUUGUUAAAGUAGUGAAUUCUAGUGAGAAGUUGGCUGGGGAGAAAUUGGUUGGGAAUUUGGGUAUGGCACAAUCAGAUUUCGAUAAGUUUAGGCUAAUGUGUUUACUGGCUUUUGGGGUUUCACAGUUUUUGGCAUUGAGGCCUAAUUUGCAAAUGUAUCUGAACGAGGCAGUUCUGUCGUGGUACCAGAGAUUACAUGCUAGUAAAGUUCCGGACUUGGAAUUCAGCAGAGCAAAAAUCUUCUUGCAUAAUUACUAUAUGUGUUUGGUAGUAUUGCAGUUUCUUGCACCAUCCGCAUUGGUUCUUCUGUUUCUUGGAUUGUCGCAAAUCGAAGAAGAAGAAGGUAAGAGCUUACUCACGAAUUUCCCAUUUAUAUACAAUUUCUUACCAUGUUCUGCAUUUGUAAAAGAAGUGGCAUUGUUUAUGGCUUGGUGGGUUGUUUUUGUGUGUGCAAUAUUUAGUUCAUUAAGCCUUGUACUAUAUCGUACGGGAUUUUUGUAUGUGUCAUAACGGCUACCAUUGUAAUCUAAUUCAGUGAUUUUUUUUAAAAUAGUUAUAAAUGAAGAUUGUUGUGCUGCUUUUGUUAUUUA